CUUCUCUCCCAAAGUGCCCUUUAUAACGCAUGUAUGCUGAAGCUCUGCAACUCCGGUAAAGCAAGCUUCGCCGUCGAAUCUGAACUGAAACAAUGAGCAGAUUCAGGAGAUUCGACAUUGUUGAGCGCUCUCUUAAUGGAGUCUCCAUUUUCACUCCCCCGAGAUCUCUUCUGCUAAGGCGUCCGUUUCCAUCGUUCCCGGUCGUCGAAGAAGAAGAUGAGCUUGUCGACCUCUUAGAUUUCUGCCAUCCUUCACCUGUCUUGUUUGACGAAUUUGAUGCUAUAGCUGAUGUGCUUCAGAUCCAGGAAACUCCGGUCAAAAUCACCACUCUCAGGGUAAACGACGGAGUCGGAAUCGGUGAGCUGUGGUUGGAGAAGCUGUCCGACCGUGUGUCGGAUUUGGAGUUAGGAUUGGAGAAUCUUCUGAGGGAGGAGAAAGCGAGGAAGAAGAAGAUUGUGCAGAGGAAAUACUCGUGGUUGGCUGAGGUAGAGACUCCGGAUGCAGACCGGAAGCUCAAAUGGACGGCGGAGAUUAAGGACGACGGCAAGGGUGGGGAAACUGGAUCUCGGUUGAAGAAGAGUUACAAAUGGACGGCGGAGGUUAAGGGGAAGAAAAGCCGCGGUUACUCGCCAAUCGAUCGGUCGUAUACGGUUACAGUUUCCAAUGGCGACAGCAGCAGCGAUUCAGAGGAGGAAACAGAAAAAACGAAGAAGAAAAAGAACAAGGACGAGAAAGUGAAGGAGAAGGAGAAGUGCAAGCUGAAGAGAUCUGCUCCGCGUGUUGUUGAGAUCGACGAGCACAUUGAUCAUGGCGCCAUUGUCUUGAAACAGGUUUUCGCGAAGAGGAUGGAGAAGAGAAGAGGCAAGAGGAAGGAUCUGUCGGCGGAAGAUGCAGCAAUGGCGAUUCAGCUAGGUUUCCGAGCUUACAUGAUCCGAAGGUCUCAGGCGCUGCGUGCGCUUCGGGAACUGGCGAUUGCAAAGUCGAAGCUGAAGAAGAUCAGAGCUUCGUUCAGCAACUUCUCCUACCGUCGCCGGCUGUCGCACAACGCGGAAGAGCGUCAGAGAUUCUCCGAGAAGAUUAUCGUCCUCCUUCUCACCGUCGACGCCAUUGAGGGCGCUGAUCUCAUGGUCCGAGCUGCGAAAAAGCUGAUGGUGGAUGAGCUUGAAGCAAUGCUGGAUGUCGUCGAUCCUCAUCCGCCGGGGAAGUCCUGGUCGGUGAAGAGGAGGAGAACCUUCGACAUGCCUGAUAGAGUGGUGGAGGAGGAGUUACUCGCCGCCAGCGUUGCAGAGGUGGUUCGAAUGCUUGACGACGAGCCGACUUCGGCAGGUGACGAAACCUUUGAAGCAUGCUUAUGAAUGUGAUCUACUCUCGAAUGAAUUCAUCUCUGUAUGACUCCUACGAAGAUGACCUUCUUUUGUGUUAAGAAUCCAUCUUUUCUGAGCCUUGGAUAACUGUUUUCAACAAUUUCUUUCGAAAUUAUAGCAGCAAAAAAAAUGCUCCA